CUGAGGAGAAGGAAAGGUUUUCAGAAGAAGCCUUUUGUAGACUGUUUGCUUGGGUGGGUUCCCUUCUUUUAUUUACUGAAUUCCAGAGGCGACCAAGACAGAAACAAAAUCAAAAUGAAGUUCAUCAUUGGCAUUGGAGGAGUGACCAACGGUGGGAAGACCACUUUGACAAAUAGACUAGUAAAGACAAUACCCAACUGUUGUGUGGUGCACCAGGAUGACUUUUUCAAGAAACCCGAUCAAAUAGAAGUCGGGGAGGACGGCUUUAGACAGUGGGAUGUGAUCAGCGCCAUGGACAUGGAGGCCAUGGUCAACACUGUGAAAGGCUGGCAGGAAAACCCGGUCAAGUUUGCCCGGUCGCACGGCGUCAGCCUGUCACCUGAAGUUGAGAUAUCCGACUCGGAGGAGGGGAUCCAUAUUCUCAUCGUGGAGGGGUUCCUCAUCUACAACUACAAGCCUCUGAUUGACAUCUAUGACAAAUGUUUCUACAUUUCCAUUCCUUAUGAGGAGUGCAAAAGGAGGAGAAGUACAAGGACAUACACACUCCCUGACCCCCCCGGCCUGUUCGAUGGCCACGUCUGGCCCAUGUACUUGAAACACAGGAAGGAGAUGGAGAACAACUGUGACAGAAUAAAGUACCUUGAUGGGAUGGACAUCAAGGAAGGUAUCUACAACAAAGUAUAUGAAAGUGUUCAGAACUCCCUGCUGAAUAACUUAUAG